AUGAUCAAAUUAUGUAAAGACUUUUAUAACCACUCGGCCAACCUGGAAAGAAUUAACUGGGCUAACAUCGUUCUUAUCCCUAAGAAUGAAGCCCCGGUGUCAGUCUCUGACUACCGCCCUAUUAGCUUGAUCAACGCGCCUCUCAAGAUUAUCUCCAAAAUCUUAGCUACUAGACUCUCCAAGGUUAUCGACCGUCUAGUGGAUCACUCCCAAUCUGCCUUCAUUAAAGGUAGAUCUAUCAUGGACAAUGUGGUGGCGGCUGAGGAAAUCAUCUUUAGCCUUCAAAAAAGGAGACUUGAUGGUAAUAUUGCGAAAGUGGAUUUUGCUAGAGCUUUCGAUAUGGUGGACUGGGAUUUUCUUCUUGAACUCUUGGAGGCAAGGGGUUUUGGCCCGCGUUGGAGGCAUUGGAUCGCUAAUUUGCUCUUCACUUCUAAAGCCUCCAUCCUUAUCAAUGGCUCUCCUGAGGGUUAUGUCAGAUACCAACGUGGUUUGCGUCAAGGGGACCCCCUUUCGCCCCUACUCUUUGUCCUUGUGGCAGACGUGCUUAGUGUAAUGUUUAAUCAUGCUCUUGACUCUCAUAUCCUGCAUGGGGUCCCACUUGGUAUUUCUGUCUUGGCUAUUAACCUCAACAAAACAUGUUUGCUCUCUACCGGUUUUAAUUCUCUGCCCAGCAAUUCUGCUUUGGGCACUCUGAACUGUGCUGCUAGCGCUCUCCCGAUCACUUACCUGGGUGUCCCGAUUGCUGGGAGAAGGCCGCGGAGACAAGAUUGGGAAGUUCUUAUUCUUAAAGUUAAAGUUAGGCUUACAUCUUGGAAGGCGAAUUACCUGUCUGUUGGGGGCAGGCUCACCCUCAUCAACUCUGUCCUUACUGCUUUGCCCACUUACUUGAUGUCGAUCUUCCGUCUGCCUAAAUGGGUUGUCAACCGUAUUGAUAGGCUGAGAAGAGAUUUUCUUUGGAAAGGCCCUGACAUUGACCGACCCAAAUGUCGCUUGGUCAAUUGGCAUAGGCUGUGCCUCCCCCGUGACCAAGGUGGCUGGGGUAUCAUUAACCUUGAGGAAUUCAAUUGCGCUCUUCUAGGGAAAUGGUGGUGGAAAGUCUUGCAGAAUGAAGCUUGGUGUGGUUCGGCCCCUAUCCUUUUUAACUACUUCCACCAGCACUCUAGGUGGAACCUUUGGUUACCCCGCAACCGUCGUUGCUCCUUCUUCUGGAAAGGCCUUUUCCCGUCACUGGAGGCUUUUAAAGCAUAUAUUGACUCCUCGGUUGGGAAUGGUAACUCCACGCUGUUUUGGUUAGAUAAUUGGUAUAACGGGCAAGCUCCUAAGUACCGCUGGUGUGAGGAGUUCCUGUCGACUACUUCCCCUUUUGCGACAGUUAGGGAUAUGCUCUUGGAACUUCCCUCUGCUGCUAUGAGGAGAGAUCCUCUCCUGAUUGAGCUCAGCUCCAGAAUCACCUCUGGGUUUGGGGAUAUCCCAGAUCAUAAAUCUUGGAAGCUAACUUCUGAUGGAUCUUUCUCGGUGAAGUCUUUUUAUAAAUUCCUUAUAGACAGGGGGCUGAGAUGUAGUAUCACUCCGGUGAUCUUCAAGCGGUUUGUGCCACAGAAAAUAGCUGCUUUCAUGUGGUUGGUCUGGGACAGGAAGAUCCUCACGCUUGACACUCUUUUUGCCCGUGCCCUUUGGCUUGAGCCAUCUGGGACCGCCUCGCUCUCCCUUUUUCCUUCCCACGUGCCCCUUUGUCAUGCUCGGACUUAUGGGGACUGUGGUAUCGAGAGCUUAGCCCUCGUCUCAAACUGCCUUGCUCUUUGGUUGCUAGAGUGGUUUUGUGUGGUUCCUGCUAGAGAAAUGCACAAGCUUGAGGAGUCUAUUGCUGCGGUUCGGCGCUGUAUCCAGUUUUCAAGCCUCCCUCGCGAGGAGCAGAAUCCCAACAGGCACGACGAGUUUCCCGGCUAG